GGUAUGUCUGAUUCUACUGGAACAAACUUUCAAAGUCUUCCACAGUUACCUACUGGGGAGAACAUGGAAAAGGUUAAAUCAAUGGUAGAUUCAAUGCUAUUGGAUGAUGCUGCAGUUCAAAAGAUGAUGAGUGUUUUAGAAUCAGAGAUGAAGAAAGGGAUGAGUAAAGAUGAAAGUAUAAGGAAAACAUCUUCAUGCCAGAUGGAAAACACUUAUGUGACCCAACUCCUUGAUGGGACAGAGGAAGGUGACUAUCUUGCACUGGACCUAGGGGGUACAAACUUCAGAGUUUUGCUAGUGAAGUUCCGCCAAGGAAAAGCUGAGAGUAUUAGUCGGAACUACAAUCUUACCAAGGAACAAUUGCAUGGUCCUUGCGAAGGGGUGUUUGAUCAUUUGGCAAGGAGUAUUGGGAAAUUUCUACAAGAGGAGAACAUAACAAAUAGAUUACCAUUGGGAUUCACAUUUUCAUUCCCAAUGACCCAAAAUGCACUUAACUGUGGUGUUCUGGUGACCUGGACCAAGAGCUUCAAAUGUCCUGAUGGAGUUGGCCAGGAUGCUGUGAAGAUGCUAGAGGAUGCUAUUGCAAAAAUAGGGGGUAUUAAUGUUGAUAUUGUGGCUGUGUUGAAUGACACUACUGGAACCUUAGCUGCUGGUUCAUACCUCGACCACCAGUGUGAAAUAGGAAUGAUAUUAGGUACUGGUUCAAAUGCUGCCUAUAUGGAAUAUUUAACUCACAUGGAGAAAUGGGAAGGUCCAAUAGAUUCUCCCAAACAGCAGGUUGCCAUAGAUAUAGAAUGGGGAGCAUUUGGUGACAAUGGUAGCCUUGAUUGGUUGAAAACAGACUAUGACAUUGAGGUUGACCUACAUUCCAACCAUGUACAUUCAUUUACAUUUGAAAAGCUGUUCUCAGGAAUGUAUAUCGGUGAAAUAGUGCGACUCUGUUUGUUGCACUUACAAAAAGAUGGCUUGAUAUUUAAAGGGGGUGUGUCUGAUAAAUUCAGCAAUCGUUGGAUAUUCACAGCAUCUCACGUUUCUGUGAUAGAAGAAGACAAUCUCAAGGGCACCUCAGAAAAGCUUGAUGGGGUGCUGAAAGAGCUUGACAUGCAGAAUAUGGUCAGUGAGAGUGACAAAGAUGUAAUAAAAUACACCUGUGCAGUUGUAUCUCUCAGGGCAGCUCAGAUAAUUGGUGCAGCUACUGCAGUUCUGUUAAACCACAUCUCUAAACCAGAGGUUACAGUUGCUAUAGAUGGCUCUCUCUACAAAUACCACCCUAAGCUACAUGACCUCCUCAUGGGGGUCAUUUCCAAACUAUCACCCUCCACAAAAUGCAAGCUAAUAUUAGCAGAAGAUGGGAGUGGUCGAGGUGCAGGAUUUGUAGCAGCUGUUGCAACGAGACUUCAAAAACAACAUUAACAUAAAAUAUUGGAUGGAGACUCACGGGAUCAAUUCAAAAAACCAACCAGACUUCAUUAAACAAAGGGCAGGGAGACCGUGUAGGCCCAGUGAGCCUUGACAGCAUUAGGGGGGGGGGGGGGGCAUCAAGUAGAAUGGGAGGAGGCAUCAUGCUUAUCAGGGUUCCAUUUUUGUAUGUUGUAAUUGA